CGGUGCCAAUUAGUCCUGUCAAGGUCGUGUGUGAGAAAGCGCGGUUAGUUUGUAAGUGGUUUGCUUUUCUACGUUGUGGUCACAAUCAGUAUCAAGCCUUUCAUAUUUUUGUUGGAAGGUGAUUAAAGCGAGCUCAAACGCAUGUGAAAUCGGUCAUUAAGUAUCAGUUAUCAGUUUAGAAAAGAAAUUAUUAUUUCUUUCUAUCAAAUAUCACUGUUGCAUCAGACUGGUUUCUGUCUAAGUUUAAGCAGCUAGACAUUAUCUCCAAAUCCUACUCAAUGUUUAUAGCUAUGUUUAAAACAACAAUAUUUUCUAAACAACAACUGCAGCAACAAUAACAUUGGACUCUAUAAACAGAUUGUUCAAUUCUUAAUGGUAUUACUAUCAUCAUUUAAUUUAUUAUCCAAAAGUUCAAAUCAUCUUUUACGAUGUACAUUUUCAAAAUCAGCAAUAAAUUUUACUUUAUUUAAUCGACGUAAUCCAUUCACUACUCGUGAUUCUUUCAAACGACGUACAUAUUUAUAUUAUACAUUAUCACUUGGUAUAAUUAUGACUGGUUUCGGUUAUGCUUCUGUUCCAUUAUAUCGAGUGUAUUGUAGUAAAUACGGAUCUGGUACAAAUACAUCUUUGGCAAUGGCUAGAAAUGAAAAAAUCAGAACUAUGAAACCAAUUAGAGAUCGUGAAUUCACUGUGUAUUUUGCCGCUGAUACACAUUCAUCAAUGAAAUGGAAAUUUAAACCUUCACAAAAAGCUUUAAAAGUUGUACCAGGUGAAACAGCAUUAGCAUUUUAUACAGCCGAGAAUCCAACUGAUAAACCAAUUGUUGGUAUUGCUACUUAUACUGUUAUACCAUAUGAAGCAUCAAAAUAUUUUAAUAAAAUACAAUGUUUUUGUUUUGAAGAACAACGUCUUAAUCCACAUGAACAAGUUGACUUACCUGUAUUCUUCUAUCUUGAUCCAGAAAUUAAUUCCGAUCCUCGUUUAACAAAAAGUUCAGAAAUUUUAUUAAAUUACACUUUCUUUGAAGCUAUGAAAAGUAAAUUUCAUAUUCCUGGAAUUACAACUACUCCAAGUUAUGAUGAUACACAAAAUUCGGAAAUUCUACCUACAAUAAUAUAUUUAGUUCAUUCUUAUGGGGAUUUUCGACGUGUUGGUAUUCAUAUUGUUUGGUGUCGUAUUUUUGUAUCUGUUUACUUCAUAAAGGAAAAUCAAUCGAAAUUUGUAAAUCAACGCGUCAAUGAAAUUGAAGAAUUUUUCGGUAAUUUAUGCUCUGAACUUGUUGGUUAUACAAGACGAACAUGUAAAUUACGAAAUAAUGGUGAUGAAAUUGCACGUAUUCUGUUAGAUUAUGCGAAUAAGGAGAAAAUCAAUCGAACUACAUCAGAUGCUUUAAGAAAAGUAUCCGAAUAUUUUGUCACAGUGGAAGAUUAUCGAAAUGCUGAGAUUAAUCGAAUUGUUGCUAAAGUUGUCAAUCCAUUAGCUGCUUAUGGUGAAGAGAUUAAACAUAUCAAAAAUAAUUUAAAAACUGAAAGUGCUGCACGUCGUAAAGAAAUUAUGAAUAUGCGAAAAUUGGAAAAAUCCAGUACAUUGGGGUCGGCUAGAGAUCAGGCUACAAUUACUGUACAAUCAUCAUCUGGCAAACCGGUUGAACUACAAUUGCACAAUGCAAUGAAUAAUGCUAAUAAAAGUACAAAUAAUGUAGAACGUUGUGUACUUGAUUUUGAAGGUCGUCGAGUAAAAGGUUUAAAACGAAUUAUAACUGAUUUCAUUCAAAUUGAAUUAUUAUGGCAUGCUAAAGCAUUGGAAACAUUAACUUCAGCUUAUAAUGCAAUUCAAUCUUUACAUGAAGAAGCAGAUCUAGUUGAAUUUCGUAGUACACUACUACGUUCUGGCAGUAGUUUAACCAUGUUAAAUAACGACAGUAAUUUUUUGUUGAAUCAACAAAAUCCCACCAUGAACAAUCAAUUAUCACCAAUGAUUUCUCCAUCAGUACGCAUUAGAGAUCAUCGAACCUAUCGUCCAGCAUCAUCAGCAUCAGCGCAUAGUUCAAUGAAUUCAAUCAGUGGUAGUCGGUGUAGUUUAACAUCGUCAGCUCGUAAAAAAAAUAAAAAUCAACCAUUACCAAAUCGAAUUCAACAACAACAACAGCAACAACAAUUACAACAUCAACAACACGAUCAACUGUCACCCUCACAUCAGUUACAACAACGACAGCAACAACAUUCCACCUUGUCACAUCAGAAUGAUGAUGUAACAAGUUUGUUCACUGAAGGAGACGAUGAUAUUAUUGUUGUUCAAAAUGUUCGUGACAAAGUUGAUCGAAGAAGUCCUGUGAAUAAUGGUUUACAAGAUCUGGAAGAUGAUGAUUUUGACGAAGAAGAAGAAGAAGGCAAUACAGAAGAUGAAGAGGAUGAUGAUGAAGACGAUGGUGAUGAUGAUGAAGAUGACGAAGAUGGUGAAUACGUGGUGGACACUACUACUAAUACUACUAAUACUACUGGUGCUAUGACACAUCAUUCUCCGACAAGAAUUGUAAAUCAUCAUCAUUCUGCAACAUCCUCAUCAGUCAAUAAUAAUAGUAGACUACCUGGAUCCCAACAGAAUUCUCCAUUGAAAUCUGCAUUAAAAACCGGCAUAUCGAAACUGUGA